AUGGCAUUUUUAUGCUUGGUGUGUCUUUUUCUUGUUGGGUUUUUAUCAAAGUCUUUGUUAGUCUCAGCUCAGUUGGAUGAUCAAGCUAUACUGUUAGCCAUUAACAGAGAGCUCGGAGUCCCUGGGUGGGGUGCCAACUACACAAAUUACUGCAAUUGGGCUGGCAUUAGCUGUGGCUUGAAUCAUUCAAUGGUUGAAGGGCUUGAUCUUUCAAGGCUUGGCCUUAGAGGUAAUGCGACUCUAAUCUCUGAGCUCAAAGCAUUGAAGCAGCUUGAUCUUUCUAGCAAUAGUUUUCACGGUGAAAUUCCUUCAGCUUUUGGGAAUUUGUCUCGGCUUGAAUUUCUUGAUUUGUCUUUGAAUAAGUUUGAAGGUCUGAUUCCUAUGGAGUUGGGUAGUCUUAGAAACCUCAAGUCAUUGAACCUUUCUAAUAACAUGCUUGUAGGACCGAUACCUGAUGAGUUUCAGGGUCUAGAAAAGUUGGAGGAUUUUCAAAUUUCUAGUAAUAAGCUGAAUGGUUCUAUACCAUCUUGGGUGGGUAAUUUGACAAACUUGAGGGUUUUUACUGCCUAUGAGAAUGAAUUAGGUGGUGAAAUUCCUGAUAAUCUAGGUUCAGUUUCUGAGUUGAAGCUGUUGAACCUUCAUUCCAACAUGCUUGAAGGGCCAAUACCUAAGAGCAUUUUUGCUAUGGGGAAGUUGGAAGUCUUGAUUCUUACGUUGAAUCGGUUGAAUGGUGAACUUCCUGAAUCAAUUGGCAACUGCAGAGGCCUUUCUAACAUCCGAAUUGGGAACAAUGAUCUUGUAGGAGUCAUCCCUAAGGCAAUUGGGAAUGUUAGCGGCCUCACAUAUUUCGAAGUGGCCAAUAACCAUUUAUCUGGUGAGAUUGUGUCUGAGUUUGCUCGGUGUUCUAAUCUUACCCUCUUAAAUUUGGCUUCAAAUGGAUUUACUGGAGCUAUUCCUCCUGGGCUUGGACAGCUUUUGAAUCUGCAGGAAUUGAUUCUUUCUGGUAAUAGUCUGUUUGGAGAUAUCCCGACAUCAAUUCUUGGUUGCAAGAGUCUUAACAAGCUUGAUCUUAGCAAUAAUAGAUUUAAUGGGACUGUUCCUAAUGAUAUUUGCAACAUGUCAAGAUUGCAGUACUUGCUUCUGGGUCAGAAUUCAAUCAAAGGUGAGAUACCUCACGAGAUUGGAAAUUGCUCGAAACUUCUUGAAUUGCAAAUGGGUAGCAACUACUUGACUGGAAGUAUCCCUCCGGAGAUUGGUCACAUCAGGAAUUUACAGAUAGCCUUGAAUUUGAGCUUCAAUCAUCUCCAUGGACCACUGCCCCCUGACUUAGGGAAACUGGACAAGCUGGUUGCAUUGGAUGUCUCCAACAAUCAACUUUCCGGCACUAUCCCGCCCUCAUUCAAGGGAAUGUUAAAGUCCAAAUACAAGCUUUUUUCGAACAAAGGACUCUGUGGAGAGCCGUUGAGCUUGUCAUGUGGAAAUUCUUAUCCUUCUGGUCGGGAAAAUUACCAUCAUAAGGUCUCUUACAGGAUUAUACUAGCUGUUAUUGGCUCUGGUUUGGCGGUGUUUGCCUCGGUAACUAUAGUUGUUCUGCUGUUUAUGAUGAGGGAGAGACAGGAAAAGGCAGCCAAGACUGCAGGAAUUGCUGAUGACAAAACCAAUGACCAACCAGCAAUAAUAGCUGGCAAUGUCUUUGCUGAAAAUUUCAAGCAAGCAAUAGAUCUUGAUGCUGUUGUUAAAGCAACUUUGAAAGAUUCAAAUAAGCUCAGCAGCGGAACUUUCAGCUCAGUAUACAAGGCAGUUAUGCCUUCUGGGAUGGUAUUGAUGGUGAGGAGACUAAAAUCCAUGGACAGAACCAUAAUUCAUCACCAGAACAAGAUGAUAAGGGAGCUCGAAAGACUCAGCAAGCUCUGUCAUGAUAAUCUGGUGCGACCUGUUGGAUUUGUAAUUUAUGAAGACGUUGUUCUUUUGCUGCAUCAUUAUUUACCCAAUGGGACAUUAGCUCAACUUCUUCAUGAAUCAAGCAAGAAGGCUGAGUAUGAACCUGAUUGGCCCACGAGGUUAUCGAUUGCCAUAGGGGUGGCAGAAGGAUUGGCUUUUCUUCAUCAUGUGGCCAUAAUCCACCUUGAUAUUUCUUCUUGUAAUGUUCUUUUAGAUCCUGACUUCCGGCCCUUGGUUGGGGAGGUGGAGAUAUCGAAGCUCUUGGAUCCAUCUAGAGGCACCGCAAGCAUCAGUGCAGUUGCAGGGUCAUUUGGUUAUAUUCCCCCAGAGUAUGCAUACACCAUGCAAGUUACAGCUCCAGGAAAUGUUUAUAGCUAUGGGGUAGUACUGCUUGAAAUCCUAACAACUCGGAUACCAGUUGACGAGGACUUCGGUGAUGGGGUAGAUUUGGUGAAGUGGGUUCAUGGUGCUCCAGCUAGGGGAGAGACUCCUGAGCAGAUACUUGAUGCAAGACUUAGCACCGUUUCCUUUGGUUGGAGGAGAGAGAUGCUGGCAGCUCUGAAGGUAGCAUUACUCUGCACCGACAGCACACCAGCCAAGCGGCCAAAAAUGAAGAAGGUAGUCGAAAUGCUUCAAGAAAUAAAGCAAAGCUGA